ACGUCGAACAAUCCUCGGACCCGCAUCAGUCGCUUUGUGGAUGUGAGCAGGAGAGGAGCGAAUAGCAGCGUGUGCACGUCUCGUUAACCAAUACAUCAGCGACGGCCGUCGUCAGCCACGGCAGUAUCGGCUCAGCCGCAGCAGCUCGCUGAUCUGCCAGUGCAGCGCGCCAGUAUAUACAUACAUACACAUAUAUAUAUAUAUAUAUAUUAUAUAUACACCUCGACAAACAUUACUCGAGCUGAACACGGCAGAGAGCAGAGUGUGCGAUGAGACAGCUUGGUUCGUCGUCUGAGUGAACAGUUGUCGCGCGGGAUUGUGAUAUUGUCGAAGGCGCAGGAGCAAGAUACAGAGAAAGAUGCGCUGCGAGGAGACAACGAUGUUCUUCGCGCUGUGUCUACUGGUCGGCUUCACCGUGCACACGACGCUGGCCGCGAGAGAGCUAAAGUGCCAAGAGAUCACCAUUCCCAUGUGUAAGGGGAUCGGAUACAACCUCACGUACAUGCCGAAUCAGUUUAACCACGACACGCAGGAGGAAGCUGGACUAGAGGUGCAUCAGUUCUGGCCUCUCGUCGAGAUACAAUGCAGUCCGGACUUGAAGUUCUUCCUGUGCAGCAUGUACGCGCCAAUCUGCAUGACGACAUACGACAAGCCCGUACCAGCGUGCAGACACGUGUGUGAGCGCGCCAAGGCUGGCUGCGCGCCGCUCAUGCGACAGUACGGCUUCGCCUGGCCCGAGCGCAUGAAAUGCGACGACCUUCCGGAGCAGGGCGACAAGGACCGAUUAUGCACGGACUUCAACACGUCCGAGCCGGCGACGCCGAAACCCAAGCCUGGCUUCCCACGGAGAGGCGGCGGACGAGACCAUCCGCGCCGCAGGGGUGGAGCCGCAGGCAAGGCGGGCGCAGACAACGGGGUGGAGGACGACAACACGGAUGUGGACGACGUCGGGCUGCCGACGCCAUGUCCGUGCGGCUGCGAGGCGCCACUCGUCAACAUCGACGACGAGAUGAGUCUCUACUACAACAAGUACUCUGUCGGCGGCGUGCGAAACUGCGCGAUGAGCUGCCACGGCAUCUACUUCAAGGAGAAGGAGAAGUCGUUCGCCGUCUUCUGGGUCGAGCUGUGGUCGAUCCUCUGCUGCGUGUCGACGUUCAUGACGGUGACGACGUUCCUCAUCGACAUGCAGCGCUUCAAAUACCCGGAGCGGCCGAUCAUCUUCCUCUCCGCCUGCUACCUGAUGGUGUCGAUCGGCUACAUCGUGCGGCUCGCCGUCGGCCACGAGAACGUCGCCUGCGACGGCAAGAUGAUCCGCUACGAGACGACGGGUCCGCCGUGGUGCACCGUCGUCUUCCUGCUCAUCUACUUCUUCGGCAUGGCGUCGUCCAUCUGGUGGGUCGUGCUGUCGUUCACCUGGUUCCUCGCCGCCGCGCUCAAGUGGUCGAACGAGGCGAUCGCGUCCUACUCGCAGUACUUCCACCUCGCCGCCUGGCUCAUCCCAUCCGUGAAGAGCAUUGCCGUGCUGGCGACGUCGUCCGUCGACGGCGACCCGAUCAUCGGCACGUGCUACGUCGGCAAUCAGGACAUCGACAACCUGCGCGGCUUCGUGCUGGCGCCGCUCGUCGUCUACCUGUUUAUCGGCACCCUGUUCCUCUCGGCCGGCUUCAUCAGUCUGUUCCGCAUUCGCAACGUCAUCAAGCAGCAGGGUCGCGCCAAGACGGACAAGCUCGAGAAGCUGAUGGUUCGCAUCGGCGUCUUCAGCGUGCUCUACACCGUGCCGGCGACGAUUGUCAUCGGCUGCUACUUCUACGAACAAUACUACCGCGCCGAGUGGGAGAAGUACAAGACGUGCCCCUGCUACAACAGCAAGGCCGAGCCGAACUACUCGCUGUUCAUGCUGAAGUACUUUAUGUGCCUCGUCGUCGGCACGACGUCGGGCUUCUGGAUUUGGUCCGGAAAGUCGCUGGACUCGUGGAAGCGCUUCUACGGCCGAUUGUGCGGGAACGCGGCGUACGAGCAUCCCCACUCGAGGCUCAAUAAGCCCCUGCCGGGCCCCCCGAAGCAGAUACCUCUCAGCCACGUAUAACCAACUGCUUAGAAUCAACAAACGUCUGACGGCUGAGAGCCAAAACAAUAUCGGACCAUGUGCUCGUGUUGCGGCAGAGACACUCGCCGAACGUCGGCCGAAGAACAACAGUAACCGGCAGAGGCGAAUGAUAAUAUUCUUUAAUAAUCGGUGUUUAUUGUUGUUUGUUCAAACGGCGUCGAAGCUGUGAAGCGCCACCGACAGACGACCGACCACGCUGUACGCUCUGCCGCCGCUCUCGCAUACGAUAUACUACUUACAGCAACUCGCAGUAACGCGAAAUAGGCUGCGGCGAUAGAGUUUAGCCGGCGUUGUUGUGCACUAAUACAGCAAAAUCACGCGCCAAAUUACCACGACGGGGUUCUUUUGUUCGCAGGGCCGCAGAUGCAGAAACAAACAAAAUAAGAGCAAGAAUGUUUGCCUGCUUCCCGCGUGCGCAAACAGGCCAACUUUUUUUGACAUUAAACUGUAAAUACUUGCGAUCGUGUAAAUAAUAGUGUAAUGUAACUGUAUAGUAUUACAUCGGCGGUUCUAAUAGGUUUCAGUCGCGCGCGCGAGUGUUGGCGAGCGAUACCUGCCGCCGCUGUUUCGGGGAAAGACUGAGAGAAGAGUGUCCGUUUAAAUAUAGAGUAAUUAUUGUAUUACAGUGUAUGACGUCGUCGUUGCGUGUGUUUGGUGACGAGCACCUAUACUUAUACCCGCGAAACUAUCAGAAUAGCAGAGACGGGUCCAAUCGCCGCGAUCUUCCACAAAGAGAUAACAUCGACACAGAACAUAACCUGUUCGUAAGAGCUAUACGCUUAUAACUACUCGACGAUACAUAAAAUUGCAUGUCCGUUUAUUUUUAUUGCAUUAUGAUAGUGCUAUUGAAAAGACAUUUUUUUCAUCCGAUGUAGACUGUCAUCGUGACGAGCUUGUAAAUAAAACAGCGACGAGAUUAUCGUAUUGAAUAAUA